AUGACACCUCACCUGCUUGUGAAGGCAGUUCAGCUGUCUGCUAAGGCCACAACCACUCUGGUGGCAUUCCAGCAGCAGAGCCAAUGUUGGGCUCGACUUCAACUCACCACAAACGGUCUGCAACUGUUUCACCUAACAUUACAAUCUGUGUGGUUUUUCUAUUUAUUAGGCCAAGUCAAGGUGUUCAGGGCGUUGUUCACCUUUGACCCCAGAACGCCAGACGAGCUGUACUUUGAAGAGGGAGACAUCUUGUACAUCUCUGACACAAGCGACACUAAUUGGUGGAAGGGUACAUGCAGAGGAAGGACAGGACUAAUUCCAAGUAACUAUGUCGCUGAGCAGGCAGAGUCUAUUGACAAUCCAAUGCACGAAGCAGCCAAACGAGGUAAUUUGAGCUGGCUGAGGGAAUGUGUGGAGAACAAGGUUGGAAUCAAUGGGUUGGAUAAGGCAGGAAACACUGCCCUCUACUGGGGAUGCCAUGGAGGACAUAAAGAUGUGGUGGAGCUGUUGCUAAGCCAACCCAAUGUGGAGCUCAACCAGCAGAAUAAACUUGGGGACACUCCUCUUCACGCUGCUGCCUGGAAGGGUUAUUCUGACAUUGUGGAAAUGUUGCUUAACAAGAAUGCGAGGACGGACAUCAGAAACAAUGAGAAUAAACUGGCUCUGGAGAUGGCCACCAACGCCCAGUGUGCUUCACUUCUCAAGAGGAAGCAGGGAAGUAAUUUCACCCGCACACACAGCAACGCUGAGGAGUAUUUGGAUGAUGAGGACUCGGACUGAGCCGGCCCUUUUGAAACAUCAUUGCUGUCUUCCAUUGGGUUUGAAGGGGUGGUCGUGGAGCUUGGAGAGUUUUUAUUACAGACCUAAAAUGGAUUUGCUGCUGUUUUCAAGUGUAACUCCAUUUUAGCUCAAUUAAUUUGUACAAACACCUCAGUUCUUUGCCCUCUGCAUAAUGUCAGUGUGAAUUUCAAAGCAUUGAAUUAAGGCAUUUUACAGUUUGCCUGCUUUGCCAAGUGCAUUUCCACAUGUAAGGAAUUUGUCUUGCAAGCAUCCGUCGCACACUGUGGGCUGAGGGGCAGAAUAUGUGUAGUAGUGGAAUAAUGGACCAAAGCUCUAAGAAGCACAUUCCAAGCAUACAGAUUAUAUUUAACCCAUUUAAACUGGGAAUUAAAGUGCCAGUGCAGAUUAAAAGAUUGAUCAGGGCUGUGUCUAGUUUCGUUAUCAAGCUCUGCUUAAAUGACCAAACUACAGAGUCACCUUAAAGGAAUUGGGAACACAUAAUCUUUUGCAGUUUACAAGGCACAGUUUAUAUCUAUUUAUGUACAUCAGGGAGGCAAAGUAAUGUGUAUUUAACCUUAAUAUUUCCUAAUUAAAUGGGUUGUGCUGAGGGACCCAAUAAGACUUUUUCCAGCAUUAUCUGCUUGGUCAACUUAAGGGUGUCACUAAUGUGCAUAAAUGGGCUUCAUAGGGGAAAUGUAUGUGUAAUCUGCCUCUGAUGGCAGUAAUAUUCCCACCUCCCCUUCAUAAUGUCAUGAAACUCACCCGUUACUUUUUGCGCUACAUGUAUUUUGGUCUAUGUUAUCACAUUUCCACUGCCGUUGAACAUCUUCUGUCAGUUCAUUGUAAGAAAAAAAAACUGCCCUGUAUGAAACAGACUUUAGAUUACUCUUUCCUCUUUCAAGCUUUUGAUGGUUUGAUUCCAUCCUGGGAGCAAUUUUUCUGGUUUUAUUGCUGCUUUCCGACAAAUAAUAUUAAAAAAGUGCCUUAAAUAUGUGUAACAGAGUGUGUCUAUGUGUGAACAUUUAUUCUGAAUUUAUUAAGAUGAUUUUGUCCUAGAUUUCUAUCUGCUCUAUCUUUGGUCUGCAAUAAAAGAUUUGAAGUUAAAAAAUCA